AUGGUAUCUGAAGAAGCUCGGAAGCUUCCCCCGUGGAGGCCAAUUGUGUGUUUUGUCCGCCCCAACAUCAGGUGCGUGGAGGGGGCCUCCCCAGGAUUCGAACCCUGGUCCUUGUGUAUAAGGGUCUUGAGGUUGAAGUCCUGGUACCACUUGGGCUACAAUUGUGUAUUUGUCCGCUCCAGCAUCAGAAAGGCCAAACCAAUCAUCAUUAACACAUUCCAUGAAUUGGAACCAUAUGCUGCACUCAAUUCCUUCAAUAUUGCAAAAGCCUCGUAUGAUGUACCAAGAAUUCCACAAAUUUACUCCGUAGGACCAAUACUAAACCAUGUUCAACAGGCGUAUUAUGAUGGAGAAUCAGACAUUAUCAAAUGGUUGGAUGAUCAGCUUCAGAACUCAGUGGUACAUGUGUGCUUUGGCUGCCAGGGGAGCUUAAAAGAAGACCAAGUGAAAGAGCUAGCAAUUGGGCUUGAGCGCAGCGUUUACAGAUUCUUAUGGUCUCUGUGUCGCCCCUCAUCAAAAAACAACACUGCUGGAUUUCUCAGGGAGUAUGUAGACUACCAGGAAGCCUUGCCGCAGGGGUUUUGGGAUCGAACAGCAAACAUUGGAAGAAUAGUAGGAUGGAUAGCUCAAUUUGCUGUACCAUCACAAGCAGCAGUGGGAGGAUUUGUCUCACACUGUGGAUGGAAUACGCUGAACGCAUUUCAAUUGGUUACAGAAUUGGGCUUGGCUAUGCCGAUUACAGUUGGUUAUAAAGAAGGGACUGAAAAUCAGCCUCUCGUUAUCGCAGAGGAGAUAGAAAGAGUAAUCAGGAGACUGAUGGAGAGUGAUUGUGAAAUUAGGAUGAAGGUGAAAGAAAUGAGAGACAAGAGUAGAAUGAGCAUCGCUGAAGGAGGUUCAUCAUACAAGUCUUUGGAAAGCCUUACUAAUCACAGAUUGCUACACGCAUGUUGA